ACAAAGUUGCCGUUGCAUUUCCCUCCACACGUUGCUCCGCCACCUUAUCUUCACAAUCUGUCUCUCUUUCCCUCCAAAUAUCAACUCAAGAAAUGCGAGAUGCAAUAAAAGAAACGAUGAAUUGGCCGUCAAUUAACGCUGAUCUUCCUGGCCUGUUCAGUUUCUUCGCUUCACACCACGUACAAGCCGAGCUUCUCCCUUGACUUGGUAUUUGGACAUGGCCACCACCAAGUUAGGGGCUACCCUGACAUGCCACCGUCUGUUCACUAGGCCCGCUCGGAAGCCCUCGAUUGCUUUCGGGUCGUCCGUUUCCGGCGCGGCGUCAUGUUCUUCCUCUUCUUCGAGGGCCCGACCCUUCGAUGGACGGCAGCUGGGGGUCCGGGGGCGUGUCCUCGUGAUCCCGGUGAAGGCUACUGCUGAUCAACAAGGCAAGGUAGAAGAGGGCAAGGUAGAAGAGGGAGAGUCCGAUGUCGAAGAUAGCAAUGUUCUGCCAUAUUGCAGCAUAGACAAGAAAGAGAAGAAGUCCAUUGGUGAACUUGAACAAGACUUUCUUCAAGCAAUGCAAGCAUUUUACUAUGAAGGGAAAGCAGUCAUGUCGAACGAGGAAUUUGACAAUCUCAAGGAGGAGCUCAUGUGGGAAGGAAGCAGCGUUGUCAUGCUAUCUUCUGCUGAGCAAAAAUUUUUGGAAGCUUCAAUGGCCUACGUGUCUGGCAAUCCAAUUAUGAGUGAUCAAGAAUAUGACGACCUGAAAUUGAAACUGAAGACUGAGGGAAGCGAAAUCGUUGUCGAAGGCCCACGAUGCAGUCUCCGCAGCCGAAAGGUCUACAGUGACCUUUCUGUUGAUUACUUCAAGAUGUUGCUGUUGAAUGUCCCAGCGACUGUUGUUGCGCUUGGACUGUUCUUCUUCCUGGAUGAUAUAACUGGAUUUGAGAUCACAUAUCUUUUGGAGCUGCCGGAGCCAUAUAGUUUCAUUUUCACAUGGUUUGCGGCUGUGCCAGUCAUAGUCUGGCUGGCUCUAUCACUGACGAAUGUGAUUGUGAAAGACUCGCUCAUCUUAAAGGGUGCCUGCCCCAACUGCGGCACAGAGAAUGUCUCCUUCUUUGGCACCAUACUGUCCAUCUCUAACGGUGGUACAACUAACAAUAUUAAAUGCUCAAACUGCGGAACUGAACUGGUGUAUGACAAGAAAACACGGUUGAUUACGUUGCCCGAGGGAAGCCAAGCUUGAUGAGAGGGUCAAUUAUAGCUCAAGUGUUUACAAGAUGAACGUGCCUGUGCGAGAUUCAGAUUCAACAUGCACCGUGUUAUGGAAAGCCGAGAAAAUUGCUACCGCGUCAUGACCUUGGUUUUGAGGAGAAAGAAACAAGACAGUUGUACAAUAUCUGUCAGUAUAACAAUGAUUAAUUGCGAGUGAUGUUAAUAUGUCGAAUUUCAGUUACAUGCUGCCAGUAAAUACCUAUGAUAGCAUCUUAAUUAGCACCGAGAAAAGAGCGUACAAAUGGUUUUUGGAUGAAAGAUCAUGUAUCUAAAAGUUCUCGUACUUCAGCCUCAGUUUGCCAUAAUAAUUCUUCAACUUCUCGCUUUCUCUUUGA